AUGUUGUCUCCCGAGCUGGACAGUGGCACUGCCGCGGAAGACGGAGCCGCGGACGCUGCGGGCACCAUGGACGCCUCGGAGGAGCAGUGGCCCAUAAAGCAGUCCCUCAGUGCCUCCAUGUGCCGCGAGACCCACUGGCGCUGCCUGCUCCUCUCACUACUCAUGUAUGGGUGCCUAGGAGCUGUGGCCUGGUGCCACCUCACUCGAGAGAGCAAGCUCAGCUUCGAUUCUUCUGCCACCUCAUCCCUAACAGCAUCUAUGUCCUCCCCCCGCAGUGGCGGCAUGAGGGGCCGUUCUAUGAUCUACCACGAGAGCCCUUGCUCUGAUGGCUAUGUCUACAUACCACUGGCCUUCCUGCUGAUGCUCUAUGUUGUGUACCUAGUGGAGUGCUGGCACUGCCAAGCACGAAGCGAGCUACAGUGUAAGGUUGAUGUGGACAGCGUGUACGAGCGGGUGUUGCGCAUGCGGCAAGCCCAGCCAUGUGUCUGGUGGAAGGCCAUCAGCUACCACUUUGUCCGGAGAACGAGGCAGGUCACACGUUACCGCAACGGAGAUGCCUACACCACCACACAAGUGUACCAUGAGCGUGUCAAUACACAUGUGGCUGAAGGAGAGUUUGACUACGGCCACUGUGGAGUUAAGGAUGUAUCACGGGACCUGCGAGGCCUUGAGGGGCACCCAGCGACCCGACUGUGCUUCACCAAGUGCUUCAGCUUUGCUGGUACUGCUCCAGAGAAUGCUUACCUCAACCAGCGAGCCAGAUUCUUCUCUGAAAUUGAGGGCCUAGAUGACUAUAUGGAGGCACGGGAGGGGAUGCAGCUCAAGAAUGUGGACUUCAAGGAACACCUGAUAGCUUAUGUGGACCCUGAACGGCUACCCUGGUAUGUGUCCCAUGUGGCUUUCUGGCUGGCUGCACUGCUCAUGUUGUCCUGGCCUCUUCGAGUCUUCACUGAGUAUCGCACAGCGUAUGUACAUUACCAUGUAGAGAAGCUCUUUGGUCUGGAAUACACUAACAGUAGUCCUUCUCUCUCUGGGGAUGAACUGCCCAGACAAAAUGGUAGGUACAGCCUUCUUCGGGCAGAAACAGUAGACAGCACAGAGCUGGAGUGGCACAUUCGAUCCAACCGCCAACUGAUACCGAGCUACUCUGAAGCCAUGCUGAUGGACCUCGGUGGCUCAGGCUCUGGUUCAGGGAGGAUUGGUUCCUCCAGCUGCUUCCUGCGGGAGAGCUAUGUAACCCGCAGCUAUGGGACACUGAUCCAGGACUGUGAGCAUUGUUCCCAGUUCCAGAGCAGGAGAGAGCAGGCAGUCAGCUCCAGCUGCUCAUCAAUCUUCUCUCCGCAUGCCUCUCAACUGUCCCUUGAUACAUCCCGAUUCUCACUGUGCCGUAUGCAUGGGUCACGGUGCACCAUGGGCCUGUGGAGAAGCCAAAGCAGCACACUGACAGAUCAUUGCUGCCUAGAUGAGCAGUGCUGCCACUCUUAUUCUAGCCAGCUGGCACUCAACGAAAACCCCCCCACCUACUGGGAUGCCCACUUCUUCCCUGUCCUCAUCGUACACCAGCCUGAGGGCUGUGGGAACUCCACAGAGAUGCACCGCUACUACAUCUGCCGGGGGUCCUGCUGUUUGGAGACCUCACUCUGA